AUGAGCGCGAUACUAUUCUCGACUAUCGACGUCUCCCGCCAAGUCUUCUACCGAUCAUCAUUGUCGUACGCCUGCGUUAAUCUCAAGCCGAUUGUCCCCGGUCAUGUCCUGGUCAUCCCGAACAGGCCGGUCCCAAGGAUAGCGGACCUGAAUGCGUCCGAGCUGGCCUCGCUCAUGAUCUCCGUGCAGCGUGUCGGAAGCGUUCUCGAGCGCGCCUACGGCGCGCACGGCCUCACGGUUGCGUGCCAGGACGGCAAGGCCGCUGGGCAGUCCAUCCCUCACGUUCAUUUCCAUCUUCUGCCCCGACGGCUCGCCGGCGAUCGCUUCUCUGGGGAUCGCAACGAUGAAAUCUACCCUGCCCUGGAGCACGCCGAGACCGAGCUCAGGGGCGCCGCCGAGGAGACGAACAAGGGGCGAGAGCGGUUGCGCGUGGAUGCAGACGAAAAUCGCAAGCCGCGCUCGAAGGAGGAGAUGGAGGAAGAGGCGAAGUGGCUCAUGGGAUUCUUCGAGGACGAGUCGGAGGACUCGAAGGCAUGUUGA